AUAAAUGCAAGAUGGCUCCUCAUAUAAAACCAGCCUCCUGGCUUCUCUGUUGUGAACAACAAAAUUACUCUUUAUAUCUGAUUAGGUUGAAAUACAUGUCCGGUAAUAGUUCUGAAGGAUAAUCUAGAGUCUAAGGCGAUAUAAGUGUAAUUUAGGGCGUUGCUGUGUGAAGCAAGUUGUUCAAGAAUAAAGGGGGAGCUAUUUUCAAGCUAUGAAUUAGGAGCGCCUAACGACUGCCUGGAUUCGGAUGGUGUGCGACAGAUCUGGGCCUGUCCAGCCACCGGAUCUUUUGAAAUUAUAUCAAAAUUUAAGGGGAAUUCAUGUUGUCUUUCUGCUGGUGCACGGAUCGUGAGAGAUCACCGAGACGAUCUUAGUGGAUCAGCAUGGCCGUAUCAAGGCUUGACCGUCUGUUUAUCCUACUGGACACGGGUACGACUCCAGUGACACGGAAGGCCGCUGCCCAGCAACUGGGUGAUGUGGUGAAGCUUCACCCUCAUGAACUCAACAACCUGCUAGCUAAGAUUCUGACUUACCUCAGGAGCCCGAAUUGGGACACGCGCAUCGCAGCGGGCCAGGCUGUCGAGGCCAUCGUGAAGAAUGUUCCGGAGUGGAACCCUGCCCCCAGACCAAAAGAUGAGUCCUGUUCCGACUCGUCUCUGGAGGAGUCUCUGCCCGACCGGCUGAGCUUCAGCAGGUUCGACAUCUCCCGGCUGCUCAGGCACGGAGCGUCCCUCCUGGGGUCGGCAGGAGCUGAGUUCGAGGUCCAGGAGGACAAAGCGGGUGAGGUGGACCCUAAGGAGCGUUUGGCCCGUCAGAGGAGGCUGCUGCAGAAGAAGCUAGGCCUGGACAUGGGCGCGGCCAUCGGCAUGGACACGGAGGACCUCUUCAACGACGAGGACCUGGACUACAACCCUGCCGCCUGCGCCCCCGCAGGACUCAAACCCCAGGGCGGGCGGCCUCUGGCCUGCCCCAGCUCACGAAACCACAACACCAUGCAGGCAGCUGAGCUGAUAGACUCAGAGUUCCGGCCAGGCAUGAGCAAUCGACAAAAGAACAAGGCCAAGAGGAUGGCAAAGCUGGUGGCCAAGCAACGAUCGAGAGACAUGGACCCCAAUGAGAAAAGUAAUGACAGCUUUGAAGGGGAACCGGAGGAGAAACGCAGGAAAACGACGAACGUGGUCAUCGAUCAGCCUGCGGCUGAGCACAAAGUCUUAAUCGACAACGUACCCGAUACCGCUAGCCUGUUCGACGAGACUCAGGAAUGGCCUCUGGAGAGCUUUUGUGACGAGCUCUGUAACGACCUUUUCAAUCCGUCCUGGGAGAUUCGUCAUGGCGCUGGCACUGGUCUCCGGGAAAUCCUAAAAAGCCACGGCACCGGCGGGGGGAAGUUGGUCGGAUGCACAAUGGAAGAGAUGGAACGCCAGCAUCAGGAAUGGCUGGAGGACCUGGUCAUACGGCUCCUCUGCGUCUUCGCGCUGGACAGAUUUGGGGACUUUGUGUCCGACGAGGUGGUGGCGCCUGUCCGGGAAACCUGCGCCCAGACCCUGGGCGUGGCCCUCCGGCACAUGACGGACGGCGGGGUUGCUAUGACGGUAGACAUCCUGCUGAAGCUGCUGACGGAAGAUCAGUGGGAGGUCCGGCACGGGGGCCUGCUGGGCAUCAAAUACGUCCUGGCGGUUCGGCAGGACCUGAUCGCCGCCCUGCUCCCCCGCGUGCUGCCGGCCAUCACUGAGGGGCUGCAGGACCUGGACGAUGACGUCAGGGCCGUGGCGGCCGCCGCCCUCAUCCCCGUGGUGGAGGGACUCGUAGCUCUGCAGCCGGCCCAGGUUCCCUUCAUCGUAAACACGCUGUGGGACGCUCUUCUGGAGCUCGAUGACCUCACUGCCUCCACCAACAGCAUCAUGACCCUGCUGUCGUCCCUGCUGACCUACCCCCAGGUCCGACAGUGCAGCAUUCAGCAGUCCCUCACGGUUCUGGUGCCCCGGGUCUGGCCCUUCCUCCGGCACACCAUCUCUUCAGUGCGGCGGGCGGCCCUGGAGACCCUCUUCACCCUCCUGUCCAAAGCAGACCAGGAGAGCUGUGCGGUGUGGCUCACCCCCAUCCUGCAGGACAUGCUGCGGCACAUCUUCCAGUCUUGCAUCCUGGAGAGUAACCAGGGCAUCCUGGAGCUCAUUCAGAAGGUGUGGAUGGAGCUGAUUGGUCGAGCCCCGCAGCAGUACGUGGUGGCAGCCAGCUGCCCCUGGAUGGGCGCGUGGCUGUGCCUGAUGAUGCAGCCGUCCCACAUCCCCAUCGACCUCAACAUGCUGCUGGAGGUGAAGGUGCGAUGCAAGGAGAAGUCGGGCUCCAAGCCUCGCCAGGGGCCCAACCAGGUGAAGGAGACGGUGCAGGAGUACAUCGCCGGGGCGGAGACGGUGACUGACGACCACGCCACGCGGGACUACGUGGUGAUGCGCGCACGACUCAUGUCCGCAAAGCUCCUGGGGGCGCUGUGCCGCUGUAUCUGUGACGCCCGGCUCAACUCCAGCGCCCAAGAGAUUCGGCCCGCAGAGUCGCUGACCCAACUGCUGCUCUUCCACCUCAACUCCAAAUCCGCCCUCCAGCGCAUCGCUGUGUCCCUGGUGCUGUGUGAGUGGGCAGCACUGCAGGAGGAGUGCGGCCUGGUUUCGGCCGGGGUGCAGCCCCGCCUGCUGGCCAUCCUGUCGGAGCAGCUGUACUACGACGAGAUCGCCAUCCCCUUCACCCGCAUGCAGAACGAGUGCAAACAGCUCAUGGCCCUGCUGGCCGACGCCCAGAUCGACCUGCGGGACAGAGUGUCCUGCAGCGUGUUCACCAUCGACCAGGCUAACGAGCUGGUGACCACGGUGUUCUCGGAGUGCACGGGCGCUCUGGGGGUGAAGUCGCGGCACUGGCAGCCUCUGGACAGCAAGCGGCAGCAGGUCCUGGCCACGGUGGGCGAGACGGGCCAGGAGUGGCAGCUCCUGCACCAGCGCGUUCACAUGUUCGCCGCCUGCGCCAUCGUCAACCUGCACACGCUGCCCGACAAGCUGAACCCGGUCAUCCGGCCCCUCAUGGAGGCGGUGAAGAAGGAGGAGAACACGCUGGUGCAGGGCUACGCCGCCUCCUUCACCGCCCGGCUGCUGCAGCAGUGCGUGGCCCGCGCGCCCUGCCCCAACCCCAAAAUCAUCAAGAACCUCUGCGCCUCCAUCUGUGUGGACCCCCUGCUCACGCCCUCCGCCGCCUGCCCCGUGCCCCCCGCGCAGGACACCGCUAAAGCGGGAAUCGCGGAAAAAGACGGCAUGAACCACGUGGUUAAUAAGACGAAAGGGAUCAUCACCCUGUACCGCCACCAGAGGGCAGCGUUCGCCAUCACCAGCAAGAGGGGCCCCACCCCCAAGGCCUCCAAAACCCCCACGGCCGAACUGCCCCCCGGCAGCAUGGUGGCCACGGAUAUGGACGAGAGUAAGAAGCCCUGCCUGGUUCAGAGGAGAGGGGCGGAGUUCUGCCUGAUGACGGUGGCCCGGCACUUUGGGACUGACCUGACGGUGGUGCUGCCCUACCUGUGGGACUCCAUGGUGGGGCUGCUGAAGGGCAUCAUGGACGGCCACAGUUUCGACUACAGGCUGCAGUUGGAGAAGGGUGACUCUGCUGCCCAGGAGCUGGUGAGCUCUCUGCAGGUGCUGGAGGUGACUGCUGGAGCCAUGUCCUCUGAGCUGGUCCCGCUGCUCCUGGAGCAGCUCCCUCACCUGUGCACAGGGCUGCAGCACCCCUACACGGCCGUGCGCCACAUGGCCGCUCGCAGCCUGGGCGUGCUCAGUAAGAUCGCUACCAUGGAAACCAUGAACGUGGUGCUGGAGCGCGUGCUGCCCUGGCUCGGGGCCAUUGAUGACAGCACCAAGCAGGAGGGCGCCAUCGAGGCCAUGGCCUGUGUGAUGGAGCAGCUGGACGUGGACAUCGUGCCGUACAUCGUGCUGCUGGUGGUUCCUGUUCUGGGCCGCAUGAGUGACCAGAGUGACAGCGUGCGCUUCAUGGCCACGCAGUGCUUCGCCACACUCAUACGCCUCUUACCGCUGGAGGCAGGGAUACCAGACCCCCCCAACAUGUCGGACGACCUGAUCAGACAGAAGGCCAGGGAGCGGCACUUCCUGGAGCAGCUUUUGGACGGAAGCAAGCUGGAGAACUACAAGAUCCCCGUGCCCAUUAAAGCUGAGCUGAGGAAGUACCAGCAGGAUGGAGUGAACUGGCUGUCUUUCCUGAAUAAGUACAAACUCCAUGGGAUCCUGUGUGAUGAUAUGGGUUUGGGGAAAACCCUGCAGUCCAUCUGCAUCCUAGCGGGGGACCAGUAUCUCAGGGCGCAGGAGUAUGCGAAGACGAAGGCGGCAGACUGUGGACCCCUGCCCUCCCUGGUUGUGUGUCCCCCUACACUCACAGGCCACUGGGUGGACGAGGUGGGCAAGUUCUGCGCCAAAGAGUACCUGAACCCGCUGCACUAUACCGGCCCCCCAACCGAGCGAGCCCGAUUACAACACCAGGUGAAGAAGCACAACCUUGUGGUUGCGUCAUAUGAUGUUGUACGAAACGACAUUGACUUUUUUAGGAAUAUUAAAUUCAAUUACUGUAUCCUCGACGAGGGUCACGUGAUCAAGAACGGGAAAACCAAGCUGUCAAAAGCCAUCAAGCAGCUGACCGCAAACUUCCGCGUCAUCCUCUCGGGCACGCCCAUCCAGAACAACGUGUUGGAGCUCUGGUCUCUCUUCGACUUCCUCAUGCCCGGGUUCCUGGGCACGGAGCGUCAGUUCGCCGCGCGCUACGGGAAGCCCAUCCUCGCCAGCCGCGACGCCAAGAGCUCCUCCCGCGAGCAGGAAGCGGGUGUGCUGGCCAUGGAGGCUCUGCAUCGCCAGGUACUGCCCUUCCUCCUGAGGAGGAUGAAGGAGGACGUUCUCCAGGACCUGCCUCCCAAGAUCAUACAGGACUACUACUGCAACCUGAGCCCCCUACAGGUCCAGCUGUACGAAGACUUUGCCAGGUCCCGGGCGAAGGUCAGCGUGGAGGACACCAUCUCCACCGCUGGCCAGCCUGAGGAGGAGGACAAGCCCAAGCUGAAGGCCACUGGCCACGUCUUCCAGGCGCUGCAGUAUCUGAGGAAGCUGUGUAAUCACCCCGCCCUGGUGCUGACCCCCCAGCACCCCGAGCACAAACGCAUCACCGAGCAGCUCGCUGCUCAACGCACCAGCCUGCGAGACAUACAGCACGCGCCCAAGCUGUCCGCCCUCAAGCAGCUGCUGCUGGACUGCGGGCUGGGCGGGGCCGGGUCCUCCGAGGCAGGCACGGAGGCGGUGGUGGCCCAGCAUCGCGUGCUGAUCUUCUGCCAGCUGAAGAGCAUGCUGGACAUCGUGGAGCACGACCUGCUGAAGCCCCAGCUGCCCUCCGUCACCUACCUGCGUCUGGACGGGGGCGUGCAGGCGGGCCUGCGCCACUCCAUCGUCUCCAGGUUCAAUAACGACCCCUCCAUCGACGUGCUGCUGCUGACCACCCAUGUGGGCGGGCUGGGGCUGAAUCUGACCGGCGCGGACACCGUGGUGUUCGUGGAGCACGACUGGAACCCCAUGAGAGACCUGCAGGCCAUGGACCGCGCCCACAGGAUCGGACAGAAACGCGUGGUGAAUGUGUACCGCCUGAUCACACGUGGCACUCUGGAGGAGAAGAUCAUGGGUCUGCAGAAGUUUAAGAUGAACAUCGCCAACACGGUGAUCAGCCAGGACAACGCCAGCCUACAGAGCAUGGGCACUGAGCAGCUGCUCAACCUCUUCUCCCUGGACAAGGUGGAGAAGGGCGAGUCGUCCGCAGCUGGCGGCGCUUCAGGAGCGAAGGCCUCCAUGAAGUCUGUUCUGGACGGGCUGGGAGACCUGUGGGACCAACAGCAGUACGAGACCGAGUACGACCUGGACAGCUUCAUGCACUCCCUCCAGUAACCUGCCCUCCUGGCCCGGCCUGGCCUGACCGCCCUAUGCACUAACGUCCCUCCACCCUGUAGUGCUCUCUCCGCCUCGCGGCCACGCCCCGCUCCCCGCCCCGCCUCGCCUCGCCUCGCCCGCUGGUCGUCUCUCACGCGGCCGUCGAGCGGAGAGGGAGGGUGAGCGAGGAGAAACGGAGGGGCGGCGGACGUCUUACGGUGCCCCCUCUGCGUUCGGUCUUUCCACUGUCAGAAGCGCGGCUUUCUGCAACAGAGGGACAUUCCGUUUAUUCUUUUAACUCGCAGUCUUAAACGCUUCCUCUCCCUCCUCGACUGACUAAAUAAAAGGGUGUGUGCGCAAGACGUCGCUAAGUUUGGGACGCUGUCCCACGAAUCGCACCCAAGAGAGGCCGUUUUUAUGCCCGAAUGUCCAGAGGCUGAACUUGCACUCCCUGCAGCUAGGGGGCGAUGCUCAUCCUCAACUCCUGAAGCACAGGCUCCUCCACUUACAUUAUGUUGCCCACAUGAAAUCAGGCAAAUCUUUCAUGUAAUUCUCUGAUGCACCCUUCUCACCUUAAAAAUAAAGCCCAUUAACCUGAAUCUAUUCCAGCCCAGCGGUAUGCUUUGUUAGUGCUUGCCUCUGCAACGCACCUGCUAGGCAGGUACUCACUGAGGACUGGUAUGUGUUUUAAAAAUCUCCCAACUGUAAAUAUUUCUGUACUUGCCGUUUUUUGUUUAAGCUGAUAGAAUUAUAAUAAAUUCUAAAGAGCUUU